AUGGCUCUCAAUGACUUAGCAACAGUUGGUGAAAAUCAUUGGACCCCUCAAAAUGAUAGAACUAACAACUACCAAAAAUUGUUGCAAAAUAUUUACAAUAAAAAAGAAUUUGAAUCAAUUCUAUUGGCAUAUAAAACGCACUCACUCCCCGAGGCCUUAAGCCAUGCAAUAGAAACAUUGCAAGUACCACAAGUUUCUAUUACAGAACUUCAAGCUGCUUUUUUCUUUAGAGGAAAUUUCAAUGCAAACAUUUUGGCAAUACUCAUUAUAAACAUCUCAAUGGAUUUGGAGUUAAUGAAAAGUUUGGCUAUCACCUUGGAUUAUAUGCGUCAAACCAGAAUACUAACGCUUGCCAGCGAUGUGCCAGACAAGGAGCUUUUAAAAAUGCAAUUUUUGUUAUGCUGGAAAAGUUACAACAUGACAAAUGUUGUAUUAAAAUUCAUUGACAACCAAGAAGAAAUUUUAUGGGAUGAACUUUACGUGCUAAAACCCUAUCCAGAGUAUCACUGGUUUAGUCAGAAGAAUAUGAGUCAAUUAUAUCAGCCACAUUGGAAGAAUAUGCACAACAAAUCCCUAUUGACUUUUGUGGACCAAAGCGUACCAAGAUCUUUGUACUUCAAGGAUAAUGAAGGAAAUUGGAAACUAAAUGGCUAUGUGCCACGACUUGUUUUGCUAUUUGCCGAAUGUUUUAAUGCCUCUUUACGUAUGGCAUAUCCCUUGAGCCUGGAGAGUCCCACACACUACAGCGUCAUCUUGAUAAAUAUGGCCAGAGAGAACUUGUUAGAUAUUCCCAUGGUGCAGGAUACAAGUGCCAAUGCAGGUAUUUGGAUGAAUUGGACAGAUGUCUAUGAUUUUAAUCAGGGCAUGUUUAUAGUGCCAUGUGCCCAGACCCUAAAUACCCGUGAGGUAUAUACCAUCUUAUUGAAUGGAUACUUUCUGGGAUGUAUUUUCAUAAGCAUUAUGCUUAUAUCGGCACUGCAUUCUCUAAUCGAUUAUAUUUUUGAUGAUUUGUGGCAGCCUUCACAUGUGCUGUUCAGUGAUAGAAUAUUUCCUGGAGUUUUGGGUCAAUCCUUUGCUGCUCGUUCUUCCCACAGCAGAAGUCUUCAAAUUGUCUAUAUUCUGCUCUUCAUUGUUGGCCUCUAUCUCAACACUGAGUUUUCGGUAAAAGUCAGCACUCUACUCACAAGUCCUCCCUAUCAUCGACAACUGGAAACCAUGCAGGACAUUGUAAACUCACCGCUUAAAAUCCUACUACAGGAAGCCGAGGCCGAGGCCAUGAGUAUCUUCACCACCAACUAUGUCGACUCAAUUGUGACAACCAGCAAUCACACAUACCUUAUGGACAUUCGUCAAAAUUUGAAUACUACCUUUGGCUAUUUCAUUUCAUUGGGAUUGUGGCAAAUCUUGAGAAGAAAGCAACAGUUCUAUACCCAUCAAGUAUUCUGCACCUUUGACAAUCUAACUCUAUUUGAAAAUCUACCUUGGGGCAUACCACUGCAACAGAAUUCGCCCUACGCCGAAGCCUUGAACUAUUUGAUACAUCAAGUGCAUGCGUUUGGUCUCAAAGAUGCCUGGAUUUCCAGUACUUUUUCCGAUAUGUUGAAAUUGAAAGAAAUAACUUUACGUAAUCCCUAUAAGGAGCAAGGGCCAAAGCCACUGACAGUCAAUGAUUUAUUUUGGACUUGGAUUUUGGUAUUCGUUGGUUUGCUGGUCAGCAGUAUUGUGUUUUUGGUAGAAAUUAUGUGGAUUCGCAUUUCUCAAAGGAAUAGAUUGUGA